AUGAUGUUCCCGAGCCUCCUGGCUCCCCCGGCCGUCUACCCCAACCUGCUGCGGCCCACGCCCACGCUCACGCUGCCUCAGUCGCUGCAGUCCGCCUUCUCCGGCCACUCCAGCUUCCUGGUGGAAGAUCUCAUCCGCAUCGGCAGGCCGGCCGCCUACCUGCCCAGGACUGCCCCCGCGGGCAGCCUGUCCCCGCCGAGCUCCGCGGCCGGGGGCGACACGGGCACCCCGGAGCUCGCCGCCGCCGCCACCCCYGCCAGGAGGAUCUGCUCGCCCCAGACCCCCGUCUCCUCCUCCAGCAGCGACUCCACGUUCCUCAAGUUCGGCGUCAACGCCAUCCUGUCCUCCGCGCCCCGAGCCGAAACGUCCCCCUCGCUGCUUCAGAGCGUUCCUCCAAAGACUUUCUCCUUCCCGUACUUUGAAGGAUCCUUCCAGCCUUUUAUCAGAUCUUCCUACUUUCCAGCUGCCUCCUCYGUGGUGCCCAUCCCCGGGACCUUCUCGUGGCCGCUGGCGGCGCGGGGCAAGCCCCGGCGGGGCAUGCUGCGGCGCGCCGUCUUCUCCGACGUGCAGCGCAAGGCGCUGGAGAAGAUGUUCCAGAAGCAGAAGUACAUCAGCAAGCCCGACAGGAAAAAACUGGCAGCCAAGCUGGGCCUCAAGGACUCGCAGGUGAAGAUCUGGUUCCAGAACAGAAGGAUGAAGUGGAGGAACUCCAAAGAAAGAGAGCUCCUCUCUUCUGGUGGCUGCAGAGAACAAACCUUACCCACCAAAUUCAACCCUCACCCAGACCUCAGUGACGUGGGCAAGAAGUGCUCGGGAGAGGAAGAGGAGGAAGUUCCCUCCAUGUGCCCAGCCAGCCCUCGGCAUCCCUUGACCUAUCAUCAGUCCCCAGAGCACCUACACUUGAGGGACAGACUGGACUCCCAGAGGUGUCCUUCUCCGUCCCAUUCCAGCAGUCCCAGCAAACCUUCAGACUUCUCGGACUCAGAGGAAGAGGAUGAUGACGGGGAAGAGGAAGAGGAGGAGAUAACAGUCUCUUAG